AUGCCGACCACAAAAUCCCCAGCUACAAAUCCAAACAUCACACCCGACCCUACUCAGAAUGGUUCCACAAUCCGUAAAGCCUUUCUCUUAGAAGCAUUCGCAAACCUCUUCACCAUCCCCCUGAUAACAAACACACGCUGGACGCUAUCUCUCCUCCUGAAUAACCCAUCCCGUGACAUCAACCCCACUUCAGUCCUCUUUGCGCGUCUAUUCGGCGGCCUGGUAGUAGGCGGUCUGACGUCCGCCUUACUUGCAGGCGCGACCAACACGCGAAAUGGAAUCGAGAGCCGACGACCCACAUACAUGCUCUUGGGGCUUGGAGAGGCGCUAUUGAUUCCAAUGAUAGUAUUGGAUUUGGUAGAAGGAGGAGGGCCGAAUGCAGCCCUAAGCAAGAAGGUUGCUGCGGCGAGUGUAGCGUGUUUGGUGCCGCCGCUUUUCUGGAGGUUGUAUGUGCUUUUUGUUAGGCCGGAUUUGCUUGGACAGUAUACCGAGAAGACAAAGGGUGAUGGAGUUGCGAACAGGAGGGACGGAUAUGGUACUAUCGAUACGCGGGAAGACUGA